AGAAGAUGAGAUGCGCCGUUGCUACUCUGCGCGCAAACACUAGGUUUGUCAGUCCGAAGAGCGUCUACCAGUACCCUCAGCUCAAUCAUCGAAUCCCUCGCGGGUUCCAUUCCUCAACCUGUAGAUAUCAUCUCCAUGAGGACACGGGGUCUGACCCACGGCUGGAAGGGCUGGGGAAAGUUAUUCAGGAUGAAUAUGCGGUGAUUCGAGAAGAUUAUGAUACUCCAAAGCACGUCAUUGUCCUAGCCCAUGGGCUUCUUGGGUUUGACGAAUUGCGCCUUGCUGGCCCUUACUUUCCUGGUGUCCAAUAUUGGCGCGGUAUUAAAGAGGCGCUGUCGGUGAAGGGAAUUGAGGUCAUCACCGCUACAGUACCUCCUUCAGGAUCCAUCGAAGCACGUGCUGAGGAACUAGCAAAGGAUAUUGCUGCUGGUGCUCAAGGAAAGGCUGUUAAUAUUAUUGCUCAUAGCAUGGUCGGGCUUGAUUCACGAUAUAUGAUCAGUCGUCUGCAGCCGAAUGAUUUUAAAGUUCUGUCUCUGACGACUAUUGCAACUCCUCACAGAGGCUCGGCAGUUGCAGACUACAUUCUAAAGCAGAUCGGCGAUGAGCGUCUUGCUCAGGUAUAUUACGCUCUCGAACAAAUAAAGUUUGAGACGGGUGCUUUCUCUCAGCUGACACGGGAUUACAUGGAAAAGACGUUCAAUCCUACCACUCCUGAUGUUGAAGACGUCCGAUACUUUUCUUAUGGGGCGUCCAUGCAGCCAAGCUUUUGGUCUGUAUUCCGCCUAUCCCAUAGGUACCUUGAGCAGGUCGAAGGCCAUAAUGACGGACUAGUGAGCGUUGCCAGUAGCAGGUGGGGAGGGGAAGACGGCUAUAAGGGAACCCUCAUGGGCGUGAACCACUUGGACCUGAUUAAUUGGACUAACAGAUUGAAGUGGCUGGCUGGCGAGAUCACGGGAAAUAGGCGAAGGUUCAAUGCUAUCGCGUUCUACCUUGCCAUUGCAGACAUGCUUGCUAAGGAGGGUCUCUAAUGUUCUUGCGCGCUAAGAAGCUACUGAAAAAUCUUGGUGCCUAGAGUAUAUAUCCCACGGAGGGCUCGAAUCUAGGCUGCUUAGUUCAUUCUAGAAACUGUUCAUACCCAAUCAGAAUCAUUCAAGGGGAGUCAUGACAUUUACUACUAUCACUGGUCCAUGUUUGCUGUUAGAGGUCCACAGUAGGGCGCUUAAUAUGUCACGGAAGGUGGCGGUGCAACACUUGCAUGCACGGUGUGUGGGAGUGGCUUAGCCAUCGGCAAUGACAUGAAAUGGACGGGCCAGAAC